AUGUGGUCCCUAUCAGCUGCCCUCUCCCUGCUCCUGCUGCUGCAGGCCCCUCCUUGCAGGCUACAGUCACUGAGCCCCGUGAAGCUACGGCUGGUGGGCCCAGGGAGCAAACCAGAGGAGGGCCGCCUGGAGGUGUUGUACCAGGGCCAGUGGGGUACCGUGUGUGAUGAUGACUUCGCUCUCCGAGAGGCCACCGUGGCCUGCCGCCAACUGGGCUUUGAAACUGCCCUGACCUGGGCCCACAGUGCCAAGUAUGGCCAAGGGGAGGGACCCAUCUGGCUGGACAAUGUGCGCUGUAUGGGCACAGAGAGCUCCUUAGACCAGUGCACAUCCAAUGGCUGGGGUGUCAGUGACUGCAGCCACUCAGAGGACAUCGGGGUGGUGUGCCACCCCCAGCGCCAGCGCGGCUAUCUUUCUGAGAGGGUCUCCAAUGCCCUUGGGCCCCAGGGCCGGCGGCUGGAGGAGGUGCGGCUCAAGCCUAUCCUCGCCAGCGCCAAGCGGCACAGCCUGGUGACCGAGGGAGUGGUGGAGGUGAAGUACGAGGGCCACUGGCGGCAGGUGUGUGACCAGGACUGGACCAGGAACAACAGCAAGGUGGUGUGUGGGAUGCUGGGCUUCCCCAGCGAGGCACCUGUCGACAGCCUCUACUACAGGAAAGUCUGGAAUUUGAAGAUGAAGGACCCCAAAUCUAGGCUGAAGAGCCUGACACAGAAGAAUUCCUUCUGGAUCCACCGGGUCAACUGUCUGGGGACAGAGCCCCACAUGGCCAACUGCCAGGUGCAGGUGGCACCAGCACAGGGCAAGCUGCGGCCGGCCUGCCCGGGCGGCAUGCACGCUGUGGUCAGCUGUGUGGCGGGGCCCCGCUUCCACCCUGCAAAGGCAAAGCCCGGGCACAAGGAGUCCCGGGCAGAGGAGCUAAAGGUGCGCCUCCGUUCCGGGGCCCAGGUGGGUGAGGGCAGGGUCGAGGUGCUCAUGAACCACCAGUGGGGGACGGUCUGUGACCACGGAUGGAACCUCGUCUCUGCCAGCAUCGUGUGUCGUCAGCUUGGCUUUGGCUCGGCUCGGGAGGCCCUCUUUGGGGCCCAGCUGGGCCAAGGCUUGGGACCCAUCCAUCUGAGUGAGGUGCGCUGCAGGGGUUAUGAGCAGACCCUCAGUGACUGCCCCUCCCUGGAAGGGUCCCAGAAUGGUUGUCAACAUGAGAAUGAUGCUGCUGUCAGGUGCAACGUCCCUGACAUGGGCUUCCAGAAUCAGGUGCGCUUGGCCGGUGGGCGUGGCCCUGAGGAGGGUGUGGUGGAGGUGCAGGUGGAGGUGAACGGAGUCCGACGCUGGGGGGCCGUGUGCAGCGACCACUGGGGGCUCACCGAAGCCAUGGUGGCCUGCCGACAGCUCGGCCUGGGUUUUGCCAACCACGCGAUCAAGGACACCUGGUACUGGCAGGGGACGCCAGGGGCCACAGACGUGGUGAUGAGCGGUGUGCACUGCUCGGGCCCAGAGCUAGCCCUGCAGCAGUGUCAGAGGCACGGGCCGGUGCACUGCCCCCACGGCUCGGGGCGCUUUGCCGCCGGGGUUUCCUGCACAGACAGCGCUCCGGACCUGGUGAUGAACGCCCAGCUGGUGCAGGAGACAGCCUACUUGGAGGACCGCCCGCUCAGCCAGCUGUACUGCGCCCACGAAGAGAACUGCCUCUCCCAGUCUGCCGACAGCAUGGACUGGCCCUACGGGCACCGGCGCCUCUUGCGCUUCUCCUCACAGAUCUACAACCUGGGCCGGGCCGACUUCCGUCCCAAGACAGGGCGUCACAGCUGGAUUUGGCACCAGUGCCACAGGCACUACCACAGCAUCGAGGUCUUCACCCACUAUGACCUACUCACUCUCAAUGGCUCCAAGGUGGCCGAGGGGCACAAGGCCAGCUUCUGCCUGGAGGACACAAACUGCCCCACAGGACUGCAGAAGCGCUAUGCAUGUGCCAACUUCGGGGAACAGGGAGUGACUGUCGGCUGCUGGGACACCUACCGGCAUGACAUCGAUUGCCAGUGGGUGGAUAUCACAGAUGUGGGCCCUGGGAAUUACAUCUUCCAGGUGGUUGUGAACCCCCAGUACGAGGUGGCGGAGUCUGAUUUCUCGAACAACAUGAUGCGGUGCCGUUGCAAGUAUGACGGGCACCGGGUCUGGCUGCACAACUGCCACACAGGGGAUUCCUACCGCGCCAAUGCAGAGCUCUCCCUGGAGCAGGAACAGCGUCUCAGGAACAACCUCAUCUGAAGCCAUGACUGCACACUUCCAGCUGCUGCCCACACACCAGAUACCUCAGCUUACUGGAGCCAUGCCCUUCACAGCACCCUCAGAGGGAAAGGGGCCAGUGCCAAGGGGCACCAAGAACUGCUCAGGAAGCCUUUGGAUGGCAAGAUCACCAGACUAAAAUGGUACUGCUCCCGCAGGAGGACUCUGGGCCUGUCUCCUAAGGGCCUUUGG